AUCUGAUCGAGUUUGUGGGCUUCCCGAGAAAAAAAAGCAUCGAAUAGAGCUCUUCUUCACCUUCUUGGUAGGAGGCCAUCGAAAUCGAACUGAAAAUCAUUAUCGAACGUGUCUAUUUGUUUAGUGAUCAACAGAAAAGAAGCAAGAACCAAUUCUGUUUAAUUUUCUCUCGUUUCGGCUAAAGAUUUUAAAGUAAACAAGCGAUUGAGCAUUGUUAUUUGUUGUAUAAUUUUCAACCUAUAAACAAAAUCCAUAGCGUCCCUGCCAUUGUUGAAAGGAUUGAAUUUGAUCUCAAUACGCGAAGCAGCGCGAAACGGUUGUUAUUCCAUUGCUAAGUUGUGAUUUUAGUGGGAAAUCGAUUACUAAAAUGAUCACUAGAAGAAAGUCGGUGCAUGAUUCGCAGUUAGUGCAACAGCAAAAACAUCAGAAGGAGGAUAAUGCUAACCAGUCUCGAUCGGCAGUGCCGGAUGGCAGGAAAACUCCAGGACCAAGGACCUCACAGCCAAGAAAGAACGCCCGUAUCGCUCAUCGGAGAAUCUCGGAGGCAGCUCCAGGGAUGCUGCAGAAUGGUGCUCAGCAGGCUCAUGGGGUUCAGAACGGAUUGGACGCCGAUGAUAUACCCAAGUUCAAGGGGUACCGCAUAAUAGAAAUAGAUCACUUUCUUCAGUGGGCAGCAUAUUCUCAGUUUAUGCACUCGAAGCACUGUCCGGGAGGUUUACUGAAGCCCUACCAGGAGUACGUGAGCGGAUGCUAUUCCACGUUCGCCAUGAAGUGCAGCAAAUGUUCGGCUAUUAUAACGAGAUCAUCGGAAAACUACAUUCAUCAUAAUAAGCUGAUGAAUCGCCUGGUGAAGGGGACGAUUCAAAUGGGAAAAGAUUACGACGAAAUGAGCAAUUUUAUGGAAUCGCUGGAAAUUCCGUUUGUCACACGGGAAGAAUUCAAUACGAUAAAGUCGCAGAUGCAGCUGAACUCGUCGCUAGAGGACCAAUCAGCAUUGCAAAAAGCGGUGGAAGAACUGGAACGAGAUUCGGUUGCUUCGAAGAGAAAGCGCCAUGGCAGCUGCAAGUACCACUAUGAGGUGUUGAAAGUUUAUCUGAAUAAAAAGAUGCGCAAAAUUGAGGAAAAUCUACAGCUCUCUGUGAACGACUCCGUAGCUUUGGCAGUCAAUGCCCACCUGAAGAAUGUGGCGCACGUUCAAUUGGUCUCAGACAGUCCCAACAGUUCGAGUCCUAGUGGAAGUAAUGUUGCCAGUGCAACCAGCCAAAGCAAUCGAUUCGGUGCUGGAUUUUCCAAUGGACCACCCGCUUCCAAAGGCAAUACGUUCAAUAAUUACUAAAGAAGCCAUUAAUCUGCAAUGUACGAUCUGAUGUACAUAUCAUCAGCCGAAAGCAUGAAGUCGUGGAUAUUUCGAAUCAAAAAUAUUCGAAACUUUUAUAUCUGCGACAUUCAAGUGGAGCGAAUUCCACUUCGAUCUUUAUCAACAUAAUAGCAUCCGGUCUCGAUCGUUCUACUGCUUAGUUAUUAGAAGAAAAAACAAACAAAUGAUCUUUGAAGUGUCGUAAGCAAAUAACCAUACACCUUGCCACCCACCCGUUUCCGAGUAAUUUGAGAAAACGCAACACCGUAGUAGUAUUCGUCUAGUUCUGGUGAUAAUCAACUAUUCCAGCUAAUUUCUGUUUCACGAUUCCUCAGGAUAUGUUUUCCAAAAAAAAUGUGUAUAGGAUGUUAGUAAGCAAACUUGACUAGAUUUUAGAUUACGUGUCAUUGUAAGGUAUUAUAGUUGCACCGCAUUUAUUUUCCAUGCAUGUCUUCAGGUUUAUAUUUUUUUUUAUUUACGUUAGCUGUGAAUUAGGCAGAAUCAAUAAAAUUUAAAUUUACGA